GGGCCUAACGCGCGGGUGGGGACGUCAGCACGUUGACCGGGGUCGAGGUGACUGCUCAGGCCUGGCCCGCUAGCCAUUCUGGAUCCGUGUGUAUCUCGCUCGCUUUGCCUGUCUGCAUUGGGGGGCGACGAUCCAAGGGGUCUGCGGGCGCCGCGGCUCAAGGGCUUGGUCCUCUGAUCCGACGCAAAUCGUCUCCAUCGCCGCCCCUCCUUGGCCUUGAUCCGCAUCGGAGGCGCCUGCAUAGUGGCGGCGGCGGCCCGGGGACAAGUUGGGGCCCAUCCUCGCUCGAGACUCGGAUGGGAGGCAGCGGGAGGAGGGACCUGGGAUGUUCAGUCUGAUGGCCAAUUGCUGCAACUGGAUCAAGCGGUGGCGGGAGCCCGUCAGAAAAGUGACCCUUGUGAUGGUGGGACUUGAUAAUGCUGGUAAAACAGCCACAGCGAAGGGAAUCCAAGGAGAACACCCUGAAGACGUAGCUCCUACUGUUGGAUUUUCUAAAAUUGACCUCAGACAAGGAAAAUUUGAAGUCACCAUCUUUGACUUGGGAGGUGGAAAAAGAAUUCGGGGAAUCUGGAAGAAUUACUAUGCUGAGUCUUAUGGGGUGAUAUUUGUUGUGGAUUCCAGUGAUGAAGAGAGAAUGGAAGAGACAAAAGAGACAAUGUCAGAAGUGCUAAGACAUCCUAGGAUAGCAGGAAAGCCUAUAUUGGUGUUAGCAAAUAAACAAGACAAGGAAGGAGCUCUAGGAGAAGCUGAUGUGAUUGAAUGCCUGUCUUUGGAAAAAUUGGUCAAUGAACACAAAUGUCUGUGUCAAAUAGAGCCCUGCUCAGCAGUCUUAGGAUAUGGAAAGAAAAUUGACAAGUCCAUUAAAAAAGGCCUUUAUUGGCUGCUACAUAUCAUUGCGAGAGAUUUUGAUACUUUAAAUGAACGUAUACAGAAAGACACAACAGAACAACGUGCUCUGGAGGAACAAGAGAAACGAGAAAGGGCUGAACGUGUGCAGAAAUUACGGGAAGAAAGAGAGCAAGGACGGCAAGAGCGAGCUGAGCUCGAUGGGACCAGUGGUCUGGCGGACGUGGACCCAGAACCAGUCACUGCUAACCCUUUCCAGCCUAUAGAACAUGUCAUAACUGAGAAUGAAAAAAAACUUGAGAAAGAGAAAAAGAGGCAAAAUAUGGGAAAAGACAGUGGUGGCUGCCCUCCAAAUCACGAAGUAAAGGAAGAGGAAAUAGAGACACAGAGCCAGAUCAGUGACAUCAGCCAAAAAAAACAUGAGUUUGGAAUAGAAAAUUAUAAGGCGGCAUUAACAGAGCAACUAGAGAAUGAAGACGAGACAGAUCCACAGUCAUCAGAAUCAGAAAAUAGUAAAAAGAAAACUAAGAAAAUAAGAAUAAAAAGAAGUCACCGUGUAGAGCCCAUUAAUACUGAUGACUCUGUUCCUAAGAGCCCACCACCACCACCACCACCACCACCACCACCACCACCUCCUCCUGCUCCUGAUUUCUAUGGGAAGCCUCUGCCUCCCCUGGCUAUGCGACACAGACCUAACAGUGAUGCUAAUAAUGUGAUCUCUUAACCAAAUAAUAUGAAUGAGCUUUCUGGAUCGCAAGAUGAAGUGGAGAACCUUCUUAAUUUCCAAAGAGGAAAACCCUGAACUUUUGAUAACUGGGGGAUAUCGAUUUCACUGGGUCAGCAAUUCAAGUGAGGAGAUUAAUUGCCAAAGACUUUACUGAUCCAACACCAAUUUGCCCAUGUCUUUCACGGCUUAUAUAAAAAAGGAAGCAAUACAAACAGCAGAGUAUUUGGAGCAAGUUAUCAAGAUUUAGUGUUGACUUUGGGUUAUAUUUUCUCCACUCAAAAGCAUAGUUCUAAAGGAAACUCUCAUAAGAAAAAGCCAGUGGACUCUGCAUGCAUUGUUAACUAUUUAAUGGUCUUCAUUACUGUUUCUUAGACUUUUUUUUUUUUUUUUUGUAUGAUACUUGUAUAUGGAGGGAGAGCUCUUGGGAAUUUAUAACUUAAUUUUUUAACUUUUUAUAUUUUUCUAAAACUUGUUUAAGAAUUGUAAUUACUAUGGCAUUGGCUAUGCACUUUUCUAUAGAUUUUUUUAAAUUGUAUCUGGAAAAUGCAGUUCACUUAUUAAAUAUGAACUAAAACAAAUAUGAAUAUGGUUUGAUGUAUGUUUUGUAUUAACUUUGUUCUUCAACUGUACAUCCUUUUUCCAAUUUUUAAAAUAACACAGUUUUUUGAAAAUGGAUUCUUAGAAUGUUAUUCUAUCAAUUAUGUUAUUUGAAAGCACAUCCCAAGAAAAUAUAUUAUUUUUGCUGUUGUUUUCUUUGGUGACUAAAUAAAUGAAACACUUUAAAUACCUUCUGACCUAAAUACGUUUUUUAAAUACUUUAAUUAAUAAAAAUGUAUGUGACUUACUAGAAGUCCCAGUAAUACUGAUUUUGAAUGUAUAUACUUUCAGAGGUUAGAGUGCCUCUUGUAACCACUUUGUCCCAUCAGAAGCUGCAGUAAUUCUUUUAGAUUAUUCUAAUUAUUUUGUGUCUUGAAAUCAAAGGUAAAUAGACCAGAAAAAAAAAUACUAGAAGCCCAGAGACAUGUUUUAUAGUCAAGAAACACUUGAAUACUAUAGCAAUAAGAAUGAACUGUUGGUUCAAAUUAUUUUUAUAAAUUAAAAUUCCAAGAUAAUUUUUAAUGAAAUAGAAUAGCAUUUCUCUUGCACUUAAGAAUGACAUCUUUAGUAGUAUCUAUCUGGCAUUGAGACAAAGUUUUCAAUGUAUAUUUUUAAUGACAGACUAAUAAUAUAUUUUUAAUAAAAGCAUAUACUUAUCAAAUUAAACAGUAUGAUUCCAAAAUUGUUAAACUUGGCCAGUUUUGUAAUUUGUACUGUCAAUAGACAUCUACUGUCAUCUGAUAAUAUGUCUUUAACAUGGCACUUGAUUUGAAUAUUUUGUGUCAUCACCAAUAUUUUGUUCACAUUUUGUGUGUGUUUGUGGUGCCAGGGAUGGCACACAGGAUUUCAUCCAUUUGAGGCUUACACUGAAUUUUUGGUCUUCUGUUCACAUUUUUUUAAACCCUUGGACUUUAAUUAGUCGGAUCACUUAAAGCAAUUUUUUGGAGUUUUGUACAUGUGACCUACCUAGUAGCACAGAGUAAUCAAACAAACAGUUGAAAAAGAUAGCUUGUUCAAUUACAAAAUUCUCAAUCUAAAAUAAGGAGGUGGCUGAAAUAUAAAAACAAGAAUACAACAAUAAGAUAUAAACGUGGAACUGCUUUUGAGAGAGAAAAACUUGUUUAAACAUCUUUGUGUUCCUUUAGUAAGGGUUACAUUUGUUAAUUUUAAAAAAUAUCUAAACUCACGUAUUUUCUAUAUUUUAUGUUUUCAUCUACUUUGUGUAAAUAUUUAAUUUAUUGUUUCAUACCAGUGAUUAUUGUAGUGCCCAGUAAUUAUUGAGUCCAUUUAAUAAAAAUAAUGUUGAAGUCAAAUAAGUAGAAUAGAUGUUUUGUAUCUGUCUCAAAAAAUGAUUUACGUUUUUAAAGAUUUAAAGAAAUUCUGAAAACCGUUUUUUAUAUAAGGUGACUUUUAAAAAAUAUGUGCCUAUUUUGUUGCAUUUUUCUUCUUAACCAUCAUGAAAUAUGACAUCUUCACAGAAUAACAUAACUUAAAUCAUUAUACUGUUUCUUUUUUGAUGCAUUUCAAUUACUUGUACAUGUGAUUAUUGAAUACCACUUAAAAGUCAAUAAAAUAAUGACUUUUUAAUUAUUUUACAUGA